GAAGCAAUAUGUUCGGAUGCCCUGUUGGCAAAAGAAGAAAUUUACAAUAAAUGGAGCUCAGAAGGGAACUUAACCUCAAAGGAAAUUCAGAAGCCCUGCAGGGCUGCAGAACGUCUGUUCAGAAGCUUGGCAGAACUGGCACAGGCGGGAAAGUUUUACGUUGCGAUCUUGAAGUAAUAAAUAGUGGCCAUCAUGUUAGCUGCUCCCCAAACCGGUCAACCAAGGCCAGGACCCACCAAAGUAGUGCGCUGUACUACCGAGUACACUGUGGAGCAGUUGUACCGCACCCUUCGCCUUUGCCUCAGAUAUAUGGCAGAUGGCAGCGAAAUCUUCAAUCGUGUCAUCAACGGUCUGGGGAAUAUUUAUUUCAUUCCCAUGCUGAGUCACCUAUCGAAGGCGGAGCUGCAUCGCCUGAUCCCAAUGCUGAGCCAGAAGCUAAAGUGUCUGCGUCUCCAGGUGAGCGACAUACCCAAGCUGCAAGCCAUUUGCCGACAGUUGGACGUCCACUUGGUCAACACCCGGUACUGUGCGCUAUUAACCGAGAGGGACAGUAAGAAUACAGAAGUAAAACACAUCGAAUUGCUGGGCGAGGUGCUGCCCAAUCUUGAGAUAUUGCACGUCUCCUGCCCCAUCCAAGGUCAUUUCCCAGUCCUGGGAAAAGUGCACACCCUUCAUCUGAACAACGUCUCUCAAGCAACUUUGGCUGACCUGCUCCAGAAGUGCCCCCAACUGGAGCACUUAGAGCUACGCAACUCCACAUGUGUGUACGAUGUGCAAAAGAUCGGGCUUUGCAAGCUUAUAAAGGACCUCCAGCUGCCUUUGGAAAUAACGGCUCCGCUGGCCAUCGCCCAUCUGACGAACCUUAGGCAUCUCUCACUGCAAUGCAAACGGCUCUGGCCGGAAUCGGCCUGGCUACCCACUGUGUUGACCAUCAUUCUGGCCAAACGGUUCGCUCUGGAACGUCUUACCAUAGACGGGACUUGGCUCGUGGGUCCUCUGAUCCUCUCCAAGCUGCAACUGACCCAUUGCACGGCUCUCAAGGAACUGAGUUUGAGCAACUGCAAGGUGAUCGACAGUGGCAGAAAUCCUCUUCCCCUUAUCUGCCAACAACUUAGUUUCCGAAAAUGCCACCUGAACAUGCUCCAUGGCUUCGUGGUCACCCAGCAAAUGUUAAGCCAUCUGAAUCUGUUCGAUUGCCAGGUUCAGUGGAAUGGCCAUCUACUACGGCACCUUUUGGAUCUGAGUAAGCGCCGGCUCGGGCCCCCACCACUUCACCUUCACUUUAGCCAGUCUACGCGGCUGCGAUCGGAGUACACCAAGUGGGUAACGGAGGAGUUGGAGGCCUCGAAGCCUUGGUUGCAAGUGAAGGAAGUGGAACCAGCAACUUGGAAGCACCCACUGGGUAUGAUCACAAUGGAGUUUGGCCGCCCGAUUAACUUUCUACCCAACCUCCAGCGCCCGUUGGAGAGUAUUCCGGUUGCUGCCGAUCUCCUCAAGGAUUUUGAUUCGUAUUUAAAAGAUUAAGUAUAACUUGGACCGUAAAAUUAAAUAUUUCUGUCCACUUUUUAGCAAUAGAUUACAAUUAUUUGUGUAUAAAUGUAACGAUUGAAUUGUCAU